CAGGGCUGGCUGGUAGCAACAUUAUCAUAGCUGCUUCUCCAGGAGGAGAGCCACUACCCUGGUGGCAUGAUGGGGAAUAACAUCUCCCACAGGAAAAUUAAGAAAAAUAAGUGUGAUAAGUCUUCAGACCAGGACAAGGACAAAAGGGGAAUUUUAAUCUGCUUGAAAAAAGACAAGGCCACUGUAAGUACCAGUCGAUUAGUUGCUCCCCCAUAUCAUCACCCCCCAAAAACACCAGAAUAUUUGUACAACUGCAGCCUUGUACAACUGGGUAUAAUACACAUCCUCCCCCUACACAAAGUUUCUCUCCUGCCAAGCUAUUUCUACAUGCAGAGAUAAUGCUGCCAAGACUAUCGGUAGCGAAUGCGUUGCCCUCCAGAUAUUACAGGACUACAAUUCCCAUCAUCCUUGACCAUGUUACCUGGGACCGAUGGGAGUAAUUGCUCACCAACACUUGGAGAGCAUCAUCUUGGCUACCCGUGAACUAGACCCAGGGACCACAGUGUCACCACCAUCUUAAGAGAUCUGGGAGUGAGUAUUCUCAGCACUGCCAUCCCAACUGUGGAAGGCUCUCCCCGGAAAAAGCCACCCGGGGCCUACUUUGCUGUCCAUUCGGCACCAAAGAAAGACAUUUCAAAAACCUUUUCAGGCUUUUCAGACUUCACAUCAGCCUUGUUUCUGGUCCCAAAUGUAUAACUGUGGACCUUCACACAUACCCCUCCAUGUAGGUUGGUGGUGUCACAUUCUAUAAGUGGUGAUGGUAAUCUUCAAAAAUAUUGGAGAGAUUUCCAGAUAUCAGGAGAGUGCCUUUUUGCACUUAUCAUUUAUGGUGGCAUAACUGUUCUUUCCAUCAGGGUUUCUUUUCUGGCAUAUUGCUGAGCAACUUCAUUAUUACUCAGCUAGUAUUUUGAAAUGAUGUACUACCCCCACCCCUGUGUACCACAAAAAAAUUGACUUUUGUGAAAGAUCUGGAAUGGAUCAUCAAUAUUUGCAUUUGUGUGGCAUUCUGUAAGCAUUGUCUCAGUUUUUGUGUGGGAGGGUUGAGAGACGCCUGUUUUCCUUCCCUCUGACCACUGCGAGCUGUCAGCAUGCAAGCUCUGUUCAGAGGAGGGAUAUACAGGGUGAGUCUUUUAAAAGAGGCCCCGUGGAACAUGUGUACUCUGUAUCCUUGGGGCCUCUUUUAAAGGACUCACCCUGUAUAUGGUGAAAGGAGUCAAUGGUACUGAGUCAAUGCACUGCCCAUGACUUCAAUUAUUAGCUGCAGACAAAAUUCCAUCACAUUAACAAGGUUCACCAUAGUUCAGGCAGACAUGCAGAUCCUCUUCUAAUCUCCUAUCUUCCCACAAUAUUCCAGCACAACAGGCAUUAAAAUAAAAAUGAUAAAAGCUGUGAAACGGCUACCUCAGUGCUCACGCUCAUAACUCUGACAUUUGCUGAGGGACACAAGGGUACUUGAGGGAUAGAACUACAGCAGUGGCACUUUUCUCAUGAGGGCACAACUCACCCUUAGUUUGGAAAGCAAAACCUCAAAGUCACUCUCUAAUAACUGUGACGUAUGAGCAAAAGUGCAGGCAAUCAAGCUACAAAUUAACUCUUUAAAAAAGCCAGAUCAAAUAGCAACAGUGCUAUGAUAAAUGGCAAGUGUGGAAAGGACCUAAUUCUUCUCAGUCAGCUCUCGAGAAGAGACAUCUAUUGACCAUCCAAAGUAAUGGUCAACCAAUGAAGUUGAAGGAUGAGAGAUUUGCAACAGACAAAAGGAAAUCCUCCUUCACACAGCAUUUCAUUAAAUGGUGUAUUUGAACAAGAUGUGGAGGUGGCUAACAAUGUAAGAACAUUAAGAAGAGCCUGCUGGAUCAGGCCAAUGGCCUGAUAUGAACGGUAACAUAUCUUUGCUCCUAAUGAAGGUUAGCUAACUCUGGGUUAUAGAGAUUACAGGGAUUUCCUGCUAGUGAGACCUAGAGAUUCUUCUGCACAACACACACGCAGACACACACACACACACACACACACACGUUUCCUGUGAUGCUAAUGACACAAUUUAUUUAGUUUUGCAGUUUCACACUUUUGCUGCUUUGUCCUUGCUGUUCCUGCAACUAUUUCUUCAUGGAGCACCACAUUCCCUCUUUCACUCCAAGUCUCUCUUCUUUCCCAAAUUUUGAAUGCAAUCAAUCUUAAGAGGGAACACUAUAAAAAGCUGAGACUAAGCUUCCUCAGUUCCACUAGUGCAGGGGUCGGCAAGGCUUACCGGGCAUGGGCCAGAUCACUCCCGUGGAGAUCCUCCAUGGGCCGGAAAUCACUUCUGCGCAUGUCCAGACGCCGGAAAUUGUGCCUGUGCAGAAGCAAUUUUCAGUGUCUGGGCAUGCACAGAAGCGAUUUCUGGAACAAGUCAACUUUAAAAUCACUAUAUAUAUUGCAACAUUAAAGAUCUGUUUAAAAAACAAUGGCAGUGUUAACAGGUAAAAAUGACCUUCAUAGUACUUAGCAGGCAAAAAUGUGCCAGAAUAAAAUGUCUUUACCAGCUAGCUAGCAAAUCACAAUUCACAGAACAAGGUGCGAUAUUGCUGUAGUCACUUAGAAGGCCCAAUCUCUUGCUGUCAUCAACUGUGCCUCCACCUCCAGAGAAGGGCAGGUUGAUACGGAAAGAAGAAGAAGAUGAUAAUUUAUGCCCCGUCCAUCUGUUUCCCAUGGGUGGCAAUCCCAUAGGUACAUUGGACAUUUAGGGCUUUAAAGUUGAUCGCCAACACUUUAAAUUGUGCCAGGAAACAAAAAAGCACUCAGUGAGGAUGCUGCAGGAUAGAUCAAACACAGUCCCUCUGGUGCCCACUAACAACCUUGUUGUUGCAUUCUGGGUCAGCUGCAGCACCCAGAGACUCUUCUGUUCAAAGGUAGCCACUGCAAGAAUCACAUGAGAGGAAGCCAACAGUGUUUAAAUAUCUGUCAGGAGGCAAUAGCUGAGACUAUGAGGUCCAAUCAAGUGCUUGACUCAGGCUGCAGAAAUGGAUCAGGGAGAAUUCUUGUGCUUGAGGGAGGAAAGUUUCAUUUUAUUAGGAAGAUUCUGUUUUGCUUACAGGUCAAGGUAGUGCUGCUUCCUCCUCUUGGAAAGUUGUCUCAUGGCUCCAAAGUCCUCCCCCUCUUCACUCUCCCCCUGGGGAGCAGGGUAAAUUUUUGUGGCCGGCAAGAGCCAAGGGGCUACCGUGGAGACAGUCCCAGCAGCCCCUCAUUGCCGUUUCCUUCAGCAGCCCGACGAGGAGGAGGAGAUGGAGACCACCAACUGCGGAGGAUUCUCACAAUGUUUUUCUUGGUUGAGGCUGAAAAGACAGGGGUCAACGCAGAAGGAGACUCCACGGUUGCCAAAAAUAAAAUCAAGAAUUGGUACACCAUACAUCCAGUAGGCGUGAGAGGACCACCUGGACUGUGAUCAGCAGACAUUGCCAGAUCAAGGGUACGGAAACAAAAACCUCCAGGACACAGGAAGGCAAUAAACCAACCUGAGCAUCUCAAAAAGGCUGG